AUGCUGCAGAAUUGCAAUGACGAUGUUAAGGAUGGGAUACUGAGAGUGGUGCAAAUAGGACUUCUAUGCACCCAAGAGAGUCCCUCUUUACGACCCACAAUGUCAAAGGCACUGCAGAUGCUAACAAAGAAGGAGAAGCACCUUCCUGCACCCGCCAAUCCACCUUUUAUAGAUGAAAAGACCAUGGAACUGAAUGACACCGGCGACGACCCGGGUUACCCUCUAAAUGCAGAUGGUGCUUCUUCAGUUGCUAAUGUUUCACAUAGUUCUUUCUAUCCCAGGUGA